AUGAUUCAGGUAAUAACAUCAUGCCCCUCUUCCUGCGUGGUAUGCUCUGAAGAUAUUACUCUAUGUCAAGGAUUAACAUACAUACUAGCCGUUCCUGCAUCUACCAAGGCUUUAAUUAUAAUGGAUGGAAACAUCACUUCAGUAGAAGGUUUUAACCUGUCGUUCCUGCUAAAUGCAACUUUACUAAGACUCAGCACUAAUGGGAUUACAACAAUCAGAGAUGAUGCCUUUCUUGGACUUCGGACCCUGAAGACUUUAUUUCUGGAUCAGAAUCAGAUAUCAAGCUCUUCUAUCACAUAUAGCACAUUUCAUGAACUUCAGAAUCUUCAAGUACUGGUGCUAAGCAACAAUAUUUUGAACAGCAUCCAUGGUAUCUGGUUCAAGAACAUGAAAUAUCUUAUUAGACUCAAUUUAAAUGGAAAUCAGCUUACUAGUAUAAUGGGUGAUAGCUUUAAGAUGGCAAACCUUGGCAAGCUCAGGAUCCUGGAUUUAUCAAACAAUUUCAUUAAUUCCAUUGAGAAAAGAACCUUCGAUGGUCUCAGCCAACUGAUGGAAAUAGACCUUUCUAGAAAUAGGCUAGCUGUUAUUCCUGACGCAUUCUCCCCACUCUCUGAAUUAAACCUUCUAAACUUGGACCAGAAUUGGUGGAAUUGCACAUGCCAACUUUAUGAUCUAGCAUCCUUUCUGAGGAAAUACACAAAUUCUUCGUCAAGGACACUCAGGAAUGCUGAUAACAUGAACUGCAGAGCUUCUGAAAACCCAUCAGUGAUCAAUCUGCUUGAACUCACAGAGGUCAACUGUAACUCUGCACUAAAACACCCUUCUGGUGUCAUUAAAACCAGGAGAAGGAACUAUGGGAGAGACAUUACACUGGAAUCAGAAGUGACACGUUUUGUAGAAGAUGUUUAA